UUCCUUUGUGUUCAAUGGUGAUGACUGAUGAGUGAGAUAUCUCUUAUUACCUUCUUCUUCUUUGAUUUGUGAUAAAAGAUUCAGUUUUAGUUUAUUUUUGGGAAGCAAAAUGGGUAGAUCACCGUGCUGCGAUAAAUUGGGUUUGAAGAAAGGACCAUGGACACCAGAAGAAGACCAGAAACUUUUGGCUUAUAUUGAAGAACAUGGACAUGGAAGUUGGCGUUCAUUACCUGAGAAAGCUGGUCUACAUCGAUGCGGGAAGAGUUGCAGACUAAGAUGGACUAAUUACUUAAGACCUGACAUCAAAAGAGGCAAAUUCAACUUGCAAGAAGAACAAACCAUCAUUCAACUCCAUGCUCUGUUAGGAAACAGGUGGUCGGCUAUUGCAACUCAUCUGCCAAAGAGAACAGACAACGAGAUCAAGAACUAUUGGAACACUCAUUUGAAGAAACGGUUAGUUAAAAUGGGUAUUGAUCCAGUGACUCAUAAACCCAAAAACGAGACUCCUCUUGGUUUAUCCAAGAACGCAGCCACACUUAGCCACAUGGCUCAGUGGGAAAGUGCUCGCCUUGAAGCUGAAGCAAGGCUUGCUAGAGAAUCAAAGCUUCUUCACUACCAAAGCAAAGCAUCAUCCCAUAAUCAUCAUGGGUUCACUCAUAAGUCAUUGUUAACCACUUGGACAACAAAACCAAACCAAGGCAAUACAGACCAACAACAACAACAACAGCUUGAAUCUCCGACAUCAACAGUGUCAUUCUCAGACAUCAAGGAACCAUCCACUGGAAUCUCGGCCAAGAUGGAGUUCGUGGGAUCAUCAACGGGUUUGGCUCUGAUCAAAGAACCUGAAAACGAUUGGAUCAGUACAACGAUUUUCGAAGCCACGCAAAUGGCUGAAGGAGUGGAAGAAGGCUUCACGGGUCUCUUGCUAGGAGGCGAUACACUAGGACGGAGUUUCUCCACGGAUAAAAACGAGAGGGAGGGAAAUAAUAAUGAUGGUGAGUGCAACAACUACUUCGAGGACAACAAGAACUAUUUGGACAGUAUUUUCAACUUUGUUGAUCCUUCACCGUCCGAUUCAACUCCCAUAUUCUAAAUUAAGGUGGUUGAUAUUUUUCUUGGGGAAUGGUUUUGAUUCUUGUAGUUAUUAGUAGUUGUUUGAACCAAUCAUAUGAUCUAUCUUUCAUAUGAAAACUUUCAGAAGAAAGAAAACAAUUCAUAAAUAUCCAUUCAAUCUUUUCUAUGC